AUGUAUCAAAAACCGGUCUUCCUGCCAGUUAUCGUCAUCCUCCUUGCGCUCUUCUCGGGAUGUCGAGGCGAUUCAUUAAAUGCCACGAACAAUAACACAUCUUCGAGGGCUGAAUUCCAAAAAUCUGCCAAGGUUAAUGGAACGGAAGACAUUGCUGCCAUCCACCGCGUCGACGUCCCGGUGAAGGACCACACCGUCGAGGCGAUACUUGCUACACUGGCGAUAUUGAUUUUGGGCGUUGGUGCCUGUUACUGUAUCCAUCUGUAUCGCCGUGAGCACGAGCGUACGCAGAGACGCCAAAUUGAACCAGAACAAGCCAAGCAGGUGCAACUCAAAACGUAUACGAAGGUGGCGCCCAAG